AUCUGUGAUCCCCUUCAUUACAUUGCCCGAAUGAGCAGGAAACACUGUGCUGGGCUUAUAACUGCAGCAUUCACUGGUGGAUUUGGUGGAGCAGUCAACUUUAUUGUACUUAUACCUAAACUAUCAUAUUGUGCUUCCCAUCUUAUUAAUCAUUUUUUCUGUGAUAUCACACCAUUGCUAAAACUUUCCUGCAGCAGCACUUUUAGUGUGGAACUUUCCAUUUAUAUUGAAGGGAUAUUAUUUACAUUCAGUUCCUUCCUCCUUACUCUGACCUCAUACAUAUUUAUCAUCUCUGCUAUCCUGAAAAUACAAUCCUCAGAGGGGAGACAAAAAGCCUUUUCUACCUGUGCUUCUCACCUGGCCUGUGUGAUAACCCUUUAUGGGACAGUUAUUUGCCUGUAUAUGAGACCCACCACAAGUUAUUCUACAAAAAGAGACAAGUAUUUCUCACUGCUGUACAUUGUCCUGGGCCCUGUCAAGUUUGGUAUAGACUUGGGCACCCCUGACCUGGUCGAACAACUCGGAAAUUAG